AUUCCAUUUCUUCUCGCAGUGGCGUUCUGUGCAUUGAAAAUGAUGCUAUGGCCUUGUUGCUCCUUGUUGAGGUCUGCAUCUCUUCCCGACAUGCCCCUAAAGCCGUUGGGCUGGGUGCCGUGAGGGCUGCGCCGGUCACUUGACCGGGCUCUCCCUUGCCGUCUCCCCUCAACGUGGACAUGAACACAGUAAAGCUUGGGAUAGGGUCAGCUCUGCAUGGUUUCUUUUCUCUCCAUAGAAUUGGGAAGAAGUCUCGGGGAUUUUGCUAAGACCGUCAACUUUCCGCACGAGCAAACAUUGGAGGAUACAGACAAGGGAACGUGCGAUGGGUACUGUACGGAGUAUAUCGGCAGAGCUUAUGUACAACAUCCGUGCGGUCGAGAUCCAAACUCGAGGAGAAUAUGUCUCGGCUUGGGUCAUGGCACCAUGCUCGACCUUCCACAGUUGAUAUUGCUGCGGUGCAGUGGCGGGUGCAGAUGCGUAGCAGAUUGGUUUGGUUGUUUUCCUGAACAACAUAUAUCUCCCAAUCUAGGAGGUGUACAUGUACGCCUUAGCACCGAUUCACAUGGUUGGACCAGCAUUGAGUUUAUGGUUGUACUCCGUGAGGCUCAAUUCAAGCAAGCGUGCUUCCGGAGAUGUUGCUGUCGAGUCCUCACACAUGUUGCACUUGUAUUAUAGCGGUGGCUUCAGCGUCCUUCCCAGUUGUUUGAUCAUUUCGUGGGGACGGCAACACCGGACGAGAAGGCGGCCGGUUAUGGCAAAAAACAUCAAGCGAUGGUCACAUGAUAGGGGUGCAUCACCUGAUCAUCUGGCCGAAAGUGGUUAGUCG